AUGGAAAUGGAUAGGCAAAGGAAACGAGUAGGUGCCGAGGCACAAGCCAAGCGCUGGUGGGAAGAUUCCCACUUCACUUUACUCGAAACCUUGAUGGAAGGAUCCGAUAGUUCCAUAUACGGUGCCAUUUUCGAAUACAACUUCUCCUACAACUACCAAAAUUUCUCUAGUUUGAGAGUACCUCCACGUUACGUGAUCGCGUUCCGCGGCACAAUCCUAACAUCACAAACUUGGUUCUCUGAUGCGAGACAUGAUCUCCGCUGCAUCUUCGACAACCUCCAUCACAGCCCCAAGUUUGAGCACGCAAUGCAAGCAAUACAUAAUAUGGUAGUCAAAUAUAGGGACACAUCUGUUUGGCUGGCUGGACACUCUCUGGGAGCUGGCCUGGCAGUGCUGGCCGGAAAGACCAUGGCAAGGUUCGGAUUCUUCCUCGAGGCUUACAUUUUCAACCCGCCCAUAUCGUCUAUCCCUCUUGAGACGCUAAUCAAGUGCAAAAUGCUAAAAGGUGGAAUUCGAUUCGGCGGGAGUCUCUUAAAAGCCGUUGUAGCCAAGAUCUUUAAGGUUCAAGAAGAUGAUCUACCGAUGAAUAUAGUACGGUGGACACCUUAUUUAUAUGUGAACCCAGCAGAUCCAAUCUGCUUAGAAUACAUUGGUUAUUUCAAGAACAAAACAUUCAUCUCUAAGAUCGGAUUGAGCGAAAUCGAGAGAACCGCGACUAGAAACCCACUUAGAAGUCUAUUGGUUGGGAAAAAGAAAACAUCAUCACCAUCAGAGUUUGCAAAUGAGCCUCUUCAUUUCCUUACAUCGGCUUAUAUGACUGUAAACAAGAACGUAUCGCAUGAUAUAAGAAAAGCUCAUGGGCUAGACCAAUGGCGGGAUCCUUCGUUUAAUGGUGAGUAUGUUUUUUACCAAUUUAAUUCAUAA